GGAGAGCCAAUGUGGGGAGGCAGAGAGCAGGAGCCGACAUGCGGGGGGCUUAGAGGGGCAUGUCGGGGCUCAAGCUGCAGGGGGCGCUGCUGCUGCUGCGGGGGGCAGAGAGUCUGCAGACUAGGCUGAGGAGUUACUCGUCAACCAGAGCCAAGGAGGAAGCGCGGAAAAGAUGGGUGUGUGAACAGACGGAACUGCUGGAGGUGCUAGAGGCUAGAGUGAAGCAACUACGAGCCGACAAUGUAUCAGAGGUGGCCAUCGACAGAGUCCACAUGUGUGGAUCCGGCCGGAGGAGAUUGCUUCAGCUUGCCCCCCCGCGGACGGUGGCGGCGCCUGGUCUGGCACGGAAUGAGCCCCUCCCAAAGCGUGACGAACGGGGCGCUUCCCAGCCCAGCCGCUGGAUGGAAAAGCUCAACAAGGAGAAGACGAUCAAACACAAGCGACUUCUGCGGCUCGAAGCCAAACUCUCGGCUGCCGAGACGAAGCCUGCUUCGGAUGCUACCUCGGGCUCUCGGCCGCUGCUUCGGGCUCCGAAGCAAACCCCGUCUCGGCUCGGAGCGGCUGACGAGAGCGUCUCCAAAUCGCCUGCGGGAAAGGACCGCCCGAAAGCAGCGAAGGGGCGAGCCACGAAAAAGCAAGCCCCCGGUGCGACUCCAGGCUGCCGCGACGACCGUGAGGGCUCUGCGGCCCCUGAAGAUGUGCAGGAGCAUAUUCUGAGCCAGGACGCUGCCGUGGCGAUGUCCCCCGCGGAAGGGGAAGGCAGGAGCUACCAGAGAAACGUUCAGCUCAACAUCUUAGCCUACCUGGACACCUGCAUUUUCCUGAACCAGCUGGAGCGAGCGCAAAAAUGCCUGAUGUUCUAUCACCGGGCUCACAUGCGGCGGAAACUGCUGGACAUCUCUAUGUACAACCUUGUCAUGCACGGAUACGCCAGGAAGGGUGUUCUGCACCAGGUGGGCCAGCUUUUCAACCUCUUGGACGAAGCCAGGCUGAAGCCCGACCAGAACUCUUAUGUCGCCGUCCUGAGUUGCAUGGGCCGCUCCGGCACGCACUCCCACAUCAUCGCCAGGUGCCUCCAGCAGCUCACGGAACACGGCUUACGCCUGGAGGAUCUCUUCCGAGACGCCGCGUUCGAGGGAGACGAAGCGGAGAUGGCCCUCAGAGCCAUCCGGAGCGUCAGGCCGGACUUCUGCCCUCCGCCACCUCUUCACCAGCACGAUACCUGUACGGUUCCCCUGCUGCAGAAUUUCUACGCGAAGUGGAAGCCUGUCUCCUACCCCAAGCUGGAUUUCACGGCCCAAGACUUGCGGGACCAGUUCCGGGAGCAGCUGGCCCUGGAAGCAUUGGAGACGGUCACCAUCCAAUCGGUGGAGAAGGACAAGCCUCUGACGGAACGGGUUGUCCGAGCGCGAGAACUUCUGGCCGGGCUGCGUUCCCACUGGCAUGAGUCUCUCCUCCGGAGCCUGCGGGAGUCCAAGCUCCACAUGGGACAAAGGAUAUCGGGGCAGCUCAGCCUUUAUCCCUUCCUUUGCGUGCUGGAGGACGAAGAAUACGUUGACAUCUUGUUGCGGAGUGUCUCUCUGAUCCCUCCGCACGGGGAGUCCCUCAUGGUUUUGGCCCGGGAACUGGGCACCAAAGUCUACAACAGGUACGUCAUUCAGAAGAAAUCCAGGAGUCAUUUGGUGGAGAAAAUCCAAAGGAUCUACGAAGACUACGUCCAGCUUCUCGCCAAGGAUGGUCAGCCGGAUAACUUCCUGCCGCGGGAAUACUGGGAGAAGCUCACACUAGAAGCCGGCUGUAGGUCUUCUCUAGUCAGCAAGGAGCACGCCUGGCCCCAUUCCCUCCUGGUGCAGCUGGGCCUCCACCUGGUGGAACUCAUGGUCCAGGUGUUGAAGAUGGAAAGCAACCUCCUGACCCCGGGGAUGGAGCAGAAACUCAUCCCCGUCCUGUACCACGUCUACUCUUUCCGCAGCGGCCGGCAGAUCGGCUUCAUUCGGCCGCACCCCAUCCUGACCCGCCUGCUGCUGGAGGCCGCCGAGAGCAGCCUCACCUUCGACGCCUUCGCCAUCCCCACCCUGUGCCCGCCGUUGCCCUGGGUCUCCCCGCACUUCGGCGCCUACCUCCUCAGCCCCACCAAGCUGAUGCGCUUCGUGGACGGGGCCUUGCAGCACCAGGCGCUGCUGGAGCGCUGCCCCCGGGGGGACCUCUUCUCCGUCCUGGACGCCCUCAACCAGCUGAGCGGCUGCCCCUGGAAGGUCAACGGCGCCGUCCUGGACGUGGUCGUCGCCAUCUUCAACGACAAGGGCGACGAGAAGCUGGGCGUCCCCCCGCCGCUGUCGGAGGCGCCCCAGCCCGCCCGCCGCUCCCCCGGAGGGGGGCCCCUCUCCAAGCUGGCCCUGAAACAAGAGAUGGCCCGCUGCCGCAAGAAGGCGGCGGAGAUGUACAGCCUGCGGAUGGACACCCUCUACAAGCUGUCCAUCGCCCAGCACGUGAGGGAGCGGGUCUUCUGGUUCCCCCACAACAUGGACUUCCGCGGGAGGACAUACCCGUGCCCGCCACACUUCAACCACCUCGGCAACGACCUCAUGCGGGCCAUCCUCCUCUUCGCCGAGGGGAAGCCGCUGGGGCCCCGGGGACUCGACUGGUUGAAGAUCCACCUCAUCAACCUCACCGGGCUGAAGAAGAAGAACUCCCUCCGGGACCGGCUGGGCUACGCCGACCAGAUCUUGGCCGACAUCUUGGACUCGGCGGACCGGCCGCUGACGGGCAAGAAGUGGUGGAUGAGCACGGAUGAGCCUUGGCAGGCGUUGGCGUGCUGCAUGGAGAUCGCCAAGGCCGUGCGGUCUCCAGAUCCAGCUGCGUACGUCUCCCAUUUCCCCGUCCAUCAGGACGGCUCUUGCAACGGGUUGCAGCACUACGCGGCGCUCGGGCGCGAUGUUGUGGGUGCCGCCUCGGUGAACCUGACGCCCUGCGACGUUCCUCAGGAUGUCUACAGCAGGGUGGCUCAGCAGGUGGAGGUGUUCCGGAAGCGCGACGCUGACGAAGGCGUCAAAGUCGCUCAGGUUUUAGAGGGCUUCAUCGGCCGCAAAGUGGUAAAGCAGACGGUGAUGACGGUCGUGUACGGGGUCACCCGUUUCGGGGGGCGCCUCCAGAUCGAGAAACGCCUCAAGGAGAUUGAUGACUUCCCCCCGGAGUAUGUCUGGGAAGCGUCUUCUUACCUUGUCCGUCAAGUCUUUAACAGCCUCAAGGAGAUGUUUUCAGGGACCCGUGAAAUCCAGGACUGGCUAACCCAAAGCGCCCGACUGAUUGCCCAGUCUGGGCGGACAGUGGAGUGGGUCACGCCUCUGGGAUUACCCAUUAUCCAGCCGUACCAUCGCUCGAAGUCCACAGUGGUCAACAGCAGCAUGCAAACGGUCAAUCUGAAAUCACAACACGACAUCAGCCAGAAGCCCAAUACGGUGAAACAGAAAAACGCUUUCCCGCCUAACUUCAUCCAUUCGUUGGACUCCACGCACAUGAUGCUGACCGCGCUGCACUGCCACAGGCGCGGGCUGACGUUCGUCUCGGUGCACGACUGCUACUGGACUCACGCACUUACAGUCGACAUCAUGAAUCAGGUCUGUCGUGAGCAGUUCGUGGACCUUCAUAGCCAGCCCAUCUUAGAAGACCUGUCCCGGUUUAUGCUGCAGAAAUACUGCAAGAACGUUCCGGUUCAGUGGAAGAAUAAAAAGAGCUCAGAGUUUCAGAAACUGGUGAAUCAUCUAUCUAAGGUCCCUGAGAAAGGUGACUUCGACCUUGAGAAGGUGAAAGAAUCCACUUACUUCUUCAGCUGACCUUCGGAGGGGUUGGGUCGGAAGCUGUUUCCUGGAACCCCGUCCAC